GGAGGUGUGAACAGGUUGGAGGGAGGACAGGCAAGGGACAUACUGUGUCUUCUGAGCCCAAUGCCAACUCACCAGGAGCCUGUGGCCACGCCCAUCAUGGCCGUGGGCCGCUCCCCACCUGGUAGUCCCUGCCUCCGCGCGCCGGGGUCUCGGCUGCCUGGGCGCUCUGGCACGCUUGGCUGGGGUGCCGGCAGAGGGCGCGCGAGGGGGCUUGGGAACCGACGGGCGGGGGACCCCGCGGGAGGAGGGAUUGAGGGGAGGGCCCUGGGCGGCCCCCUCCCGCCCCCUGCCCCCCCCGCCUGCCCACCAAGAGCGUCAAUCUAGAAGGCGAGGGCUGGCGGUGUACCCCCGCGCUCUGCCGGCUCGGCGCCUGGCUCCUACCUGUAGAGUUCGGGGGGGCGCCCUUCCGCGGACACCUAUCUUCUCCUUCGGAAACCUCCCGCCCGGCUACCCACGUCUCGGACAGGCGGCCCUGGGACCCCGGGACAGGGUGCCAGGCUCGCCGCUGGUGACAUGUAGACGCCCUACCAGCCGCGGUCCAGCCUCGGAUCUUGGGCGUCCUCCUGACCGGAAAGUUUGGGGCUGGGCGCCAUGGCCAAGAGCAGCUCCCUGAAUGUUCGCGUGGUGGAGGGCCGGGCGCUGCCCGCCAAGGAUGUGUCUGGGAGCAGUGACCCCUACUGCAUCGUGAAAGUGGACGACGAGGUGGUGGCCAGGACAGCGACCAUCUGGCGGAGCCUGAGCCCCUUCUGGGGGGAGGAGUACACAGUGCACCUGCCCCUGGAUUUCCACCAUCUGGCCUUCUACGUGCUAGACGAGGAUACCGUGGGGCACGAUGACGUCAUAGGCAAGAUCUCACUGAGCAGGGAGGCCAUUGCAGCUGACCCCCGAGGAAUUGAUAGCUGGAUCAACCUGAGCCGCGUGGACCCGGAUGCCGAGGUGCAGGGUGAGAUCUGCCUGGCUGUGCAGAUGCUGGAGGAUGUGCGGGGCCAUUGUCUUCGCUGUCAUGUGCUCCAGGCCAGGGAUUUGGCCCCCCGAGACAUCUCCGGCACGUCUGACCCAUUUGCACGUGUGUUUUGGGGCAGCCAGAGCUCAGAGACUUCGACCAUCAAGAAGACACGCUUCCCACACUGGGACGAGGUGCUGGAGCUGCGGGAGAUGCCAGGUCCCCCAGCCCCGCUGCGGGUGGAGCUCUGGGACUGGGACAUGGUUGGCAAGAAUGACUUCUUGGGCAUGGUGGAGUUUCCCCCGCAGGUCCUGCAGCAGAACCCGCCCAAUGGCUGGUUCCGCCUCCUGCCCUUUCCCAGAGCAGAGGAGGAUUCUGGGGGGAACCUGGGUGCUCUGCGGCUGAAGGUACGCCUGACCGAGGACCGUCUACCCUCCCAGUACUACCAGCCACUCAGGGAGCUUCUCUUGGAGUCUGUGCUGGGGCCAGCAGAGGAGGAUGCCGCUAGCCCCCUGGCUGUCCUGGAGGAGCUGACCUUGGGGGACUGCCGCCAGGAGCUUGCCACCAAGCUGGUGAAGCUCUUUCUCGGCCAGGGUCUGGCUGGACCCUUUCUGGACUACCUCACACGGCGUGAGGUGGCACGGACCACCGACCCCAACACCCUCUUCCGUUCCAACUCUCUGGCAUCCAAGUCAAUGGAGCAGUUUAUGAAGCUCGUGGGCAUGCCCUACCUGCAUGAGCUCCUGAAGCCCGUGAUUAACCGCGUCUUCGAGGAGAAGAAGUACAUGGAGCUGGACCCGUGCAAGAUGGACCUGGGCCGCACCAGGAGAAUCUCCUUCAAGGGUGCACCUUCCGAGGAGCACGUGCGGGAGGCCAGCCUGGGGCUGCUGACGGGCUACCUGGGGCCCAUCGUGGAUGCUAUUGUGGGCUCCGUGGGGCGCUGCCCGCCCGCCAUGCGCCUCGCCUUCAAGCAGCUGCACCAGCGUGUGGAGGAGCGUUUUCCCCAGGCGGAGCACGAGGAUGUGAAGUACCUGGCCAUAAGUGGCUUUCUCUUCCUGCGAUUCUUCGCACCUGCCAUCCUCACCCCGAAGCUGUUUGACCUCCGGGACCAGCACGCAGAUCCCCAGACCAGCCGCUCACUGCUGCUCCUUGCCAAGGCCGUGCAGAGCAUCGGAAACCUGGGCCAGCAGCUGGGCCAGGGCAAGGAGCUCUGGAUAGCCCCCCUUCAUCCCUUCCUGCUGCAGAGUAUUGCACGUGUGAGAGACUUCCUGGACCAGCUGGUGAACGUGGAUGGGAAGGAGGAGGCUGGGGGCCCAGCCAGGGCCUUGGUCCCACCCUCAGUGACCGUUCGAGAAGGCUACCUGCUGAAGCGCAAGGACGAGCCCACCAGCCUGGCCACGCGCUUUGCCUUCAAGAAACGCUACUUCCGACUCAGCGGGGAGAUACUGUCCUACUCCAAGAGUCCUGAGUGGCAGAUGUGCUCCUCUAUCCCUGUGUCGCACAUCCGCGCGGUGGAGCGCGUGGACGAGGGCGCCUUCCAGUUGCCGCACGUGAUGCAGGUGGUGACGCAGGACGGCGCGGGGGCGCUGCACACCACCUACCUCCAGUGCAAGAAUGUGAACGACCUCAACCAAUGGCUGUCGGCCCUGCGCAAGGCCAGCGCCCCCAACCCAGACAAGCUGGCCGCUUGCCACCCCGGUGCCUUCCGCAGCGCGCACUGGACCUGCUGCCUCCAGGCAGAGCGCUCAGCUGCUGGCUGCAGUCGCACACACUCAGCGGUCACCCUGGGGGACUGGAGUGACCCCCUAGAUCCCGAUGCUGAAACCCAGAUGGUAUAUCGGCAGCUGCUCCUAGGGCGGGACCGGCUCAGGAUGACAUUCCUGGAGGAUUCCAACGUGGAUCCAGCUCCAGAGGCAGACACAGAGAAAGGCUCCUGCAGUGCCAUGGAAGGGGCCUGUCCCGAUGCCCCAGCUCAGCAGAGAGAGGCAGCUGCCCGCCUGCUGAAGGUGCUUGCAGACCUGGAUCAAGCCCACGAGGAAUUCCAGCAGCAGGAGCAGGGGAAGGUGGCCCCAGGCUCCUUCAGGCCCUGAGGAGGUGCCAGAGCCAGCCUGGAAGGAGGAGGAAGAAGCCAGUGUCCUCAUGGUUGUCCUGUACCUCAUUGAUGCUGUGGCUUGCAGUCUCCUGGAGAUAUCUUAGUCUUAUGUGUCCUAAGCCCAGACCCCAGGGUAUGGAAGCCCUUUGGCAGGGGACCAGCCUUGCACUGAAUGAAUCUCACCCUCUGGGUUGAGGCAAAUUGGAGUGGAUGGAAUGAGGAACCUGACUCACUUGGCUCAGCCUGAGGUCUCUGCUUCGCCAGACUGGCUUCUAUCCACACCAAUAAGGCCAUCCUGGCCCUGCACUGCUGGAUACAGCUGUACCUGAAUUCCUCACAUCCAUGUGGUCUUGUUGCCCCCUGACAGGCACUAAAGGUGCUCGGCCCUUCCUGUUUUCAUGUCUGCCAAUCCCUGUAAACUCACUGAUCCUCCUGAACCCUGUCCUUGGCCGAGUCCUAACCACAAGCUUCCAGAAUCAGGUGCCUCAGGAAUAACUGAAGCUGAGAGCCUGAUGUACCUGACUUAGACCCUUGGAGCCUGGAGACCUUGGGCCAGCCUCUUUCCCUCUCUUUGAGCCUCAGUUUACCCUGUAUAAAAUGAAGAGGGAGUGAGUAUAAAUGUGUGGUUUUCAAAGUGGGUUCCAUGGAGAUAGUUCGGGAGCCAGGGAAGGGUUUCUCAGACUGUGGUCUAAGCCCACCCACAGGUUGUCUGCUAAAAAUUCAGAUUCCUGGGACCCAUCCAGAUCUCCUGAAUCAGAAUCUGAGGCAGUGUGGGGGCAGGAAUUGAGGUUUUAAACAAGUUCCACAGAUGAUGUGAAUGUACGUGAGAUUUGAGGAUCAUGGGGCUGGCUGAUUUUACAUAUUAGGGUUUGAGGUGAUAUUUUGUUGCAGAGUGAAUCACAGAAGGUAAUUUGUUUGGGAACACCCAACUGGCAGAUUGGAAGGGGCUCCAAAGACUCAUUUCCGCUUUUGUGUGACGAAGGUGUAGGACAGAAAUGUAAGCCUGAGCAGAGAGGUGACAUGGACCAGGGAAGAUGCAGUGCAAUCCUAGGAUGGCCAGUAGGGGUCGCCUGGAGCCCCAGCAUCCACCCAUCCACCCCACCCAGCAUCCUGGGAUGUUGUAGAGGCUGAUUGGAGAUUGGCGGCAGGUUCUGUAAUAUGUCUCUGUCUCUUCCCAGACUGAACACGGCCCUCCUCCCUGAGGGCAGAGGCUGGGGCUCUGAUGUUCCGAUGGGCCGAUCACAGUGUCUUCUAGCUCCUCCGUGUUUUCCUGGAGGCUCUCAGCUCCCGGCUCGAGUUCCUCAAUCCUACUUAUUUGUACCAGGGAGCAGCUGUGUACAUUGCCUGUGCCUGCACUUGAGAAUAGAAGUUUCACCUCUGCCCUCUUGGGGACUAGGACUGGAAGGGUCUGCCUCUGCCACCAUCACCUCUGCCUGCCCUAGGUCUUGAGAAAUAUGGGGAUCCUCCAUCUCCAGCUGCCCUAGGCUGACAGGGGCAGUGGUCCUGGGUCAUCAUUUUGUUGUAAGCUCCCCUAUGGGAUGGAUGGAAAGUCCCCAGAAACAGAGCCACCCACACCCCUUCUUAACAGGAAAAGACCCAGCUGAGGAGGAGAAAGACCAUUUAUUUCUCCACCUACAAUGGGACUGGUAGAUUUUCAAAAGAGCAAUCACUGGCGUCCCUUUAAAUCUUGGCUGACUUCCACCAUGGCAGCCAAUCAACAGAGGCGGAGCUGGUGAGUUGCCUGGGCAACAGGCCCCUGGUUGGCCAAGACUGUCAGCUACCCCACUGCCCACUCCCAAGGAAAGGGAAAUGGACUCUUUCUUGUCUGGUCUGCUCUUUAAACCUGCUGGCCUAAGCUAGGCCUCCUCAUCUCGCUCCUGAAGCCAGAAGCUCCAGCCUUUGGAUCUUGACAUUGGGAACAAUUUGGUGGAGAGGAUAGGGUGGGGAGGAAAGGAAAACAAUGCCUUUAUCAGGGACAGACAUAAGGACCAGGAUAGGAGGGGACAAGAAGGAGGUGAAGGUCCCAGAAGGAUGAAGAGACACAAGCACAAAGGAAGAUUCUCCUAGUCUGUCUCCCUGGCCCGCCCCUUUGCAGAACCUGUGAAUAAUCUGGGGGCUUCCAUUCCAUGGGCCCACGGUUGCCCAUCAAUGGGUGGCAGAGAUGGGGGGGAGGCUGAGCUUCCCCAUUGCCCCCUUUUAUCCCCAGAGCCCCACAAGCCCCCAAGUGCUUGACCUGAGUCCUCCUGCUUGCAGACAAGCCUGUACAGAUGCGAUAGCCACAUAUAGGAAUCCACGUGGAGUAUCGCUGGGGGCUCUCUGUCUCUUCUCCCCCAGUCUGGGGGGUAAGUAGAGGCACGUGGGUGUGCGUGCAUGUGUUCAACAGGACAUGUGUGUUUGUGUGAGGGGGUGGGGCUCUGUCUUUUUGGUAGGGAGGUUGCUGUGUUUUCCGGUACACCCUUGCGACCCUCUCAGGGAGCUACAGGUCGAAGCC